GCCCUGUCCCUAGCUGAUUUCCAAAGAUAGGAAAUAUAUAUAUAUUUUUGACGACCUCGUCCAGAAUACUCCACCCAGCGCAGCAGCCGGUGGGUGGAAGGCAAAACAGACAUGGGCUUCAAAUUAAAAGACUGGCAUUUCAGGGGAGCCCUGCUGGUUCUGGCCGUCUUCUCCCUUACAGCCCUGAUCCUAAGCUUGGUAGGAAUCAACAACGUCGCACAACCUGUGGGCAAAAGGUAUGGGAUGGUGUUCGACGCAGGUUCUUCCCACACCUCCUUGUUUGUCUACCGGUGGCCAGCAGACAAAGAAAACAACACUGGCCUGGUCAGCCAGGCUUUCUCCUGUCAUGUCAACGGGUCUGGAAUAUCGAGCUACGCCAGUCAUCCUCCAAAAGCAGGUGAUUCCCUUCGGGAAUGUCUGAAUGAAGCCAUGAUGGUGAUUCCCCCGGGACAACACCGGGAAACACCAGCUUAUUUGGGAGCCACCGCCGGCAUGAGGCUACUCAGGAUGGAAAAUGAAUCUCUGUCAAACGAGGUCCUGAAGGCGGUGGGCGAGACCAUCCAGAAAUAUCCCGUAAGCUUCCGUGGUGCUCAGAUCAUUUCAGGAGAAGAUGAAGGAGCUUACGGCUGGAUUACGAUCAAUUAUCUGCUGGAUUCUUUCACAAAGUAUUCUGCUCAGGACCAAGACUGGAUUCAUCCCUCAUCAGCCAAUAUCCUAGGGGCUCUGGACCUCGGCGGGGCAUCGACUCAGAUCAGCUUCGUUCCCGCCAGCCACAUCGCCGACCCCGCCGAAGCGGCUCAGUUCCGACUCUACGGGUUCAAUUACACCAUCUACACCCACAGCUACUUGUGCUACGGACAGAAUGAAGCCCUCCAGCAAGUAAUCGGCAUUAUCGUUAAUUCAAGCAGUGCUGAGGAGGUCUCCCAUCCCUGCUACCCGAUAGGGUACAAGGAACUGGUCAGGACGGUAGAUCUCUUUAGCAGCCCCUGUACGGAGAAACUGGGUUGGCCUGCCUCUUCCAGGAACGUGACUUUGGUGGGCGCCGGCAACGCCACCCUUUGCCGCGAAGCCGUCAAGAAAAUCUUCAGCUUCUCCAACUGCAGCCACAACGACUCCUGCAGUUUCAACGGGAUCUAUCAGCCAAAGGUCAACGGGAAAUUUCUGGCGUUUUCUGCCUAUUAUUACACCUUCCAUUUCCUGAACUUGACGGAGGGUUACCCACUAGCCACCGCCGAAGCUGCCAUUGAGACGUUCUGUGCCAGAACAUGGAAUGAGCUGAAAUCCAGUUAUUCCGACGAGGAGGAACGCCGCCUGAAAAACUACUGCGCCAGCGCCAACUAUAUCCUCACUCUUCUGUUGGAUGGCUAUGGCUUUGACAAGGACACCUGGGGAAAUAUCGCCUUCCGGAUGAAGGCUGCUGAUUCGGAGAUCGGCUGGUCGCUGGGUUACAUGCUCAACCUGACCAACAUGAUCCCUUCCGAGAACCCACGGCGGCUGAGGGGACACGAGGAAGGCGUGUGGGUGGCGAGCGUUUUCUUCAUUGCCCUCUCGCUGGCCGUUUGUCUCAUCCUGGCUGUUCUACACUUCUUGAGAUGAAAACGGUUGCAUCCGGACAGGCUCGGCAUGGCGAACCCUCUUGGUUGAUCCUCGGACAAGAUCGCCUUGGCCGACUGUCGCAAAGAACAGAGCGCGGCAUUUCUAUGGAAGAUGCCAAGGGUGGGCCCAAUCCCCCCCAAUGACUCUUCUCUUGAGGAACAUUUUCACGAGGAUCAAACUGGGUGGGCAACACCAAGCAGCUAUUUCUCCAAUAGUCACUGGUGGCUUUCUCCUCUUUUGGAGAGUAGAUAGUGGGCCAGUAUGUUCUUCCUGACUUUUUUCUCUAGUCCAGUAGCCACAAACUGGAAUAUCGAAUCUCACCUCCAUCACGAACUUGUCCUGAGAUCUUAGCUGGGUUACUGUCUCUCCCUCUGUCAAUCUCUCUCCCUCCCAGUUGCCCAUUUAUGGUUUAAUAAUAGUGUUGUGCCUUACAGGGUAGGUGCAUUGAGGACAAAGAUUCAAACACCUUGGAGCCUAAAUAUUAAUUUUAUUGUCUGCUCUAAAGGAGGUAGAAAGUCACUGGGCCAAAGCUGUUUUUGGGUAAAUGUAGGAAGUUCUGCUUUGUUCUGGAGGUAGAUCCACCUUAUAUUGUUCUUCGCUCAUCAUGUGCCCGGUGCCGGUCAGAUAAGGCUGGUUCUUGACAUUUACAGGCUUAUAUGUCUGGACCAACACCUCCAUGCUGGGCCAGCCCUUCCGUUGGACACAGGGAGGGCAUUGCCUCAGGAGGGAGAUCCUGGGAGGUGGCAACAUGGCGUUGGAGAAGACACCAAGUGGCCUGCUUUCCACCCCAUAAGCUAGGCCUUAACCACCCUCUUAUUAAGGCUAAAAGCAAAUACAUCUGCUCAUGCAAUUAGGUUUUGGACAUGGAAUGGGAUGGGGUUUGUUGCCUCGGGCUGCAAAAUGUCUUGGGACAGCCUUGCCUCUGCGAGAACAGGAACGAUUCAAUGCUGUUACAGUCCCGUCUUCAUCCAAAGCCUCUAUCGAUGUGAGGCCGGACAAAUUGUGGCUAUUGGCAGGAAGCUUUUCAAGAAGAAGGCAUCUUUUCAGCAAUGGACCAAGGAAACGCGGGAGGGUGGAUUGUUGCCGGGACACUGAGUUGGAAAAAUAUAUAUAUGUAUAUUUCAAAAAAACGAGUAAGAAAGACAGAGGUUGAGCUAAGAAGAAAGCAUCAGCUCUGGUGCAGAGCUAGAAGGGAGGGCGCUUAGUCUGGAGAUGGGGGUCUUGUAAACCUAUCAUCAAAUGAGUCUGACUGGUCAAGUGACAGACAGUAGAUGUAAUGGUUAAAGCAUUACACGGGAGAUCCAGGUUUCUAGUCCUCAUUGAAUUAUGGGGUGCUCACUUUGGACCAGUCACAUUCUGUUGCGUCCUGACCUACCUCACAAAGUUACAACAUAAAAAAAGAGUGUGUGUCACAAAUAUAACAAGAUAGAGGUUUGUCACUUUCGAGACUCGUUUGAGCAAAUACUGUACAGUUUUUACCUAUAAGAUUACUGUAUGGUAAGUGGAUUUCUAUUCAUAUUGAUUGCAAUAUCGAAAUAUAUCAGCAUUUCCCCCUCUUGGUCAAAGGAAGCUGAAUGGCCUCUAUUAAAAUGACAGCUGGGCCAUGUGGCGAAGUUUCUAUGCGUCACAGCAAGCAUCCCAGAAAAGACAACCGUGGGGAAUUAAUCUGAUUUACUGCAAAUUCCAGGGGGAAAAAAACAGAAAAAGAGAGGAGGAAAAGAAAACCAACAGAUUUUAUUGGUCAUUUGUCAAUGUAAAAAAAAAUCCAAACAAACUCAAACAUACUCGAACCCCCACAGCAAUUGUGUCAUCAUGGAGGAACUGGUGGUUACAUCCAUAUAUUAUAUUUAUGUACACAUCUGAAAUGCCAUUUCUAAAUACAAUAUGUACACGGUCAUACAAUAGCCAAAAACAAAUGAUAUAAAAGUGAAAAAAGUUUUUUUUUUAAGUUUUAAAGAGAUGGAUGGGGGGAGGAAAAGGAGAGAGAGAGAGAGAAAAAAAAAAAGAUUGUUUGAGGGAAUUGUAUGUGCUCUGGGACAAAAAUGGCAGAUAUAUCCACAGUUUCGAACUUCAAGUAACAUGGAAAGGAAAUGUCCCCCAUCCCGGCAGCCUUCAAAGAAAAAGAGGCAAAAUCCUUAAUUUUGAUUGGUGGUUGCUAGGUGACGCACUGGAAGGGCUGGCUGAGGCCUACCUCUCUCCUAAUGUGUUGCCUAGCAACCAGCUUCUAGGAUGGCCAACUGACCAGAAAAACCACACUCCUGGCCUGCUCCUAUGCCUUGAACACCCAAUUUUGAUGAGGAGAAAUCAAACAAGUGAUUUUUUUUUCCGCCACAGGGAUAAUGUUGGUUGGCUCCUAGGAUGUCCCCAGCUUUAACGGUGGUUAAAGCAAGUCAGAGGAGCACGGUCCGAAGAAGGACGUUGGCAUCUCUCCGAGUCUCUCCUGUAACCAGGGGCAGAUGCCAUGGCAAACUAUUGCCAAAUUUUGUACGGAGGCCAUGCCUUUCUGGGACCAUAAAAAGAGGAAUUUAAACAAAAGUGCACAGAGGCACAGAAAUUUGGAAUAGCUUUCGAUUAAGCUGCAAAAGUCAGCCCCUCUUCUCUCUAGUUCCAAUAAAUGCUGUUAAAUAUUUCCUUAUAACCCCAUCCUAAACGCUAGGCUAGAAGGACUAGUGGUUAAGUCCAGUAUUGUCGUUGCCGUUAUGUGCCGUCAAGUUGCCCCUGAUUUAUGGCAACCCUAUGAAUGAACACCCUUCAAAAAGAUCCCGUCCUCAACAGCCCCGUGCAGCUUUUUGCAAACGGAAGCCUAGGGCUUCCUUUAGGGAGCUAAACCACCUCCUAUUCGGUCCUCUUUUCCUGCUGCCUUCAGUUUUCUCUAGAAUUAUGGUAUUUUUCCAGAAAAAUCUUGCUAGUCUUAGGCCAUUGUUCAUCAGUGGUCUCGCUCACCAUUCCCAUAACAGCCAAGAGGGGAAAAAAAUCUGACUUUUGACUCAACACAUUAAUAGUAAAAAAAGAGAGAGAGAUCAACUAUGCCUCUCCAGAUGUGGUCAGAUGACGCCUUCUGCUACUGCAACACAUGGAACCAUGAAGGAUGAUGGGAGAUGUAGUUCAGCAGCAUCUGGAAGGACACAGUGGCCCAAGUCUGAUGCCCUGGAAUCUAGUGGCUUAAACCUGGGGAUAAUAUCGUAGAUCUUGACACACAAUGGCCAUAUUCAAGCUGGUAGACAGAACUGGAGGACUAUAUAUUCCAUGUGCAGAAAUCUAUUUUCUCCUCCAUUCGUUUUGCCUAUUGUGGUCUGUGCCUCUUAAAGAGUGUGCAGCCAAAGCAUUGAUUUUGGCACCCAAACCGUGCGACGGAACGUUCACUAACAUUCCAACUAUGGAAGCAGGAGGGUCAAUCACAGAAUGUGGGGCAAUCCCAGUUUCUAGGAAAGUGGUUCGAGGAGAGUCACUGUCUGUGGGGCUUCGUGCAGGAACAAGGGACAAGAAGCUGCCACAGGGGAGCGACAAAAAACAAUGCCAAAGAGAAAAGGGUGUUGGGAGGGUUGUGUAGCUUACAUUUAACAUACCAGGACAAAAA